UGUGCAUAGUCUUGAGUUACUUUUACCUGUAUGGUGAAAAGACAUAGUAUGAAAUGGUUCAUGAUUAUUAUUUUUUAUUAUUAGAAUAUAGGGUAUAAACUACAAAAUGUAUAUGUAGUUCAUUGUUAAGCACAAGAAGCAAAACAAGAGUCUUUAAGGCUAUUCUGUUUUAAGAUUGUUUAUAUCAUUCAUUUAUUACAAAUAAUUAUGUAAUAUUUAGUACCUCUGAUUAAUUACUGGCAAAUUGCUUGUCCUUGUUGCUUGAUCAUAUAUUAUCCCUAAAAGUCACAAUGAUUUAUUCUCAUUGCAUUGUAUAACAAAAUAUAAACAUUAAGCAUUUAUAUCCAAGACACAAUUUAAUGAUAAUUAUGAAAAGUGAAUUUAAAGAAAUGUAAUGUGAUGCUCUCUGCGAACACUAUGCAAAUACUCCACAUGAAUCCAUGAAAGCAUAAAAACACAAACAAAUGGUAUGAUUUAGAUCUUUUCUGAUAUUGUGUUGAUAUGCUGUCAAGAUAUCAUCAUGUAGUGACGAAUUUGGUUAGAAAUACGGGAAGGGGAAGGAGAAGUUCAGCAUUGCGCCAUAUACAUUGACAUGCACAGAAGACAAAAAAGGUCUGUUUUUAAGGGUUUAUUUUAGUCAAAAUUGUCAUUAAUCCACAUCAUGUGGAGCUUUCUUCUUCUCUGCUCCUGCAUGCAUAUCGCUGUUGUUGUUGCUCAAACUCUAAUUGUUGGACACAGAGGAGAGAGAGUUGACAUCAGAUGCCCCUAUGAAUCUGGAUAUGAAUCAAAUUCAAAGUAUUUAUGUAAAGGCAAGUGCACCUUUGGAUUUAGAGACAUCAUUGUUAGAUCAGGAUCUCCAGCUGAAGACGAGAGAUUCUCUCUGACUGAAGACACGACGGCCAGAGUUUUCACCGUCAGCAUCACUGACCUGAGAACAGAGGAUGAGGGACAAUACUGGUGUGCUGUGGAUAGGACUUUAAAUAUUGAUGUCUAUUCAGAGAUUUUGUUGCUGGUUAAAGAGGAUGAGAGGUCAAGAGCAUUUCCAACCAUCAGUCUGUUUUUAAUAACAAGCACAAGUGUUUCAUCAGCUCCUCUGACUCCUCAAACCCUGUUAGCACAGACGUCUGAACCUGACUCAGAUUCAUUUGUCAUCAUCAUCAUCAUAACUGCAGUAGGUUUGGUUUUGCUCCUGAUCUCUGCUGUAUUCCUUGUUGUGGCUGUACGAAAGAAAAAACAGACUUGUGGUCUGGUUUCCUUCUUUACUGAAGAGCUACAUGUGAUGACAAGAAAAGCAGAAGAAAAUGCUUACGAGAAAGGAAACCCAGCUGUGGUCUCAAACUCACACACAGCUCAAAGUGACGACGGUUCUGCCUCAAACGAGUUUCACAGACCUGCAAACACAGAAACAGUCGACACAGACCUCGACUACAUGAAUGUUGCUGCUGCUGAGAGAAACGCUGUGGAUCCAGAUCAGAUCUACACAGAACUGAACUCCAGCAGACAGAGUGACGUUUAUCAGAGUCUCAGAACUGAUUCUGUUCAAGAAGAGUCCAUCUAUCACAGUAUUGGACAAACACUGGACUGAACAAUGAAGCCUCACAAACAAGCAAACAAUGGUAACAGUAGUCUUAAAUAAUCUUGUAGGUCGAAUACAUGUAAAAGAGUGUAAAUAUGAUCAGUGGCGUAGCCAGGGGAGGGGCCAUGGGGGCACUGGCCCCUCCUAAAAACUGAUUGGCCCCCCACUGUGCCCCCACCCUUCUACUUGUCUGUCACUCACAAAUUCAAAUCAUAAUCUUUCAGUUUAGUAAAUAACUCAUGAUUGCGUGGCGAUGCUUCUCAACGAGGACCAAGAAUAGUGAGCUGCUGUUUUCCAACGAAAAAAGCACACGAUAAGUUGAUCUAUUUUAUAUAGCUUAUGUUUUUCGAUUAGCGAGUUAAUGAAGUGCAAGAAGUGUUUGGUACUAGGCUAAUGUUAACGUCUUUCAGUGUUAGACAUACCAGGUUCGAUGACGAUGUUAUCUCCUAGAGCAGACCAAGAUGCUAAUCAUUAUAUUUACUAUAACGUUACUCCUCUGAUGCUGAAUGUAAAAGGGGUUUA